AUUUUCCACGCGCUUUUCACGUGCGUGUCUGGAUUCCAAAUAAAAAUGCUUCGCCGCUCUCCAGUGAAAAAUCAUCAGACGGCUAUGGGCGACGAAAUCAACGGCAAUUUCCCCCGAUAUAUCGCUUUUAAUCCGACAGCCCGAAUUUUCCGAUUCUUUCACAAUAACCCUAUAUCUCUUCAUCUCUUUCACUUUCCAGUUUUGCUCUCCUGUUGAAUUUGCUGGUGAUUGAAACUUUAGAGAAGCCAUGGGUGAUGCAAUUGAUUUGACCGGGGACGGAGGAGUACUGAAGACAAUUAUAAAGCAAGCCAAACCUGAUGCACUCACUCCAACAGAGAAUCUCCCUCUUGUUGAUGUGCAUUAUGAAGGCACUCUUGCAGAAACCGGUGGAGUUUUUGACACUACACAUGAGGAUAAUACAGUGUUCUCAUUUGAGCUUGGGAAAGGCACUGUAAUUAAGGCAUGGGACAUUGCUUUGAAAACAAUGAAGGUUGGGGAGGUUGCAAAAAUCACUUGCAAGCCAGAGUACGCAUACGGAGCUGCUGGUUCUCCACCAGAUAUCCCUGCAGAUGCAACCCUUGUUUUUGAGGUGGAGUUGGUAGCCUGCAGGCCAAGGAAGGGUUCAAGCAUCAGUAGUGUUUCUGAUGAGAGGGCUAGGCUUGAAGAGCUCAAGAAGCAGAGAGAGAUGGCUGCUGCAACCAAAGAAGAAGAAAAAAAGAGGAGAGAAGAAGCCAAAGCUGCUGCAGCUGCCCGUGUUCAAGCCAAGUUAGAUGCCAAGAAAGGUCAGGGAAAGGGAAAGGGCAAAGGAAAAUAGGAUCAUCUCACAGUUUCCUGGAAAUAAUUUGCAAUGACUUAUGAAGAACAUCAACACUUUUUCAUUUUAAUGUAGGCGCAAGUUGCAUGAAAGAGGAAUCUCUCAACUACAUUUACAGUUGAAAACUUUUAUCCAUGGUCUCUGUUCUACAUUUGCUCUGAGAAGUUCUAAAAUUUCCGACUCUGAUUUUGCUA